AUGACGGCAAUUGCGACAACUACAAACCAGGCCGUAUCGGAAUGGGUUAAAGUUUUUCCGCGCCAAGCAACCGAGAACUAUACAAGUUCGCUCGCUUUUAUGAAACAACUGACGGUAGUGGCUGUUAGUACUAUCACGUAUUUGAAAAACGCGUUUCCUGAAGAUAGUUACAUGGUUGAAAGUUUCGGAGGUGUUAAAUUACGUAUACUUAAAAAGAAAUGUCGCGAUGAGAUUGCACAGUUUCUUAGUACGGCGUUGGUGCAAGCCUUUGAGGCAUUUGACAAGAAAUAUCUCCACCAAUUAGCCCUAUGUUUUUACGAAGAUGAAUGCAAAAUCGAGAAUCUCAUAGAAUACCACAUCUUCGAAUAUACGUACCACGAUGAUGGGGUGACCAUGAACGUGCACUCGAAAAAUCGGGACAAUGUUAAACAUAGUAUGAAGUACAGCUUCGAGAAUGUUCGAGAAAGGACUAUUCACUUGAUAAGGGCUUGCGUGGUUAUCAUGCAGGCGUGUCAGAAUGAAUUGCCUUCAUCUUAUGAUGUCAGCCUACGUCUUUAUUAUAAUGAAGACGCUCCAGCUGAUUAUCAAGCUCCAGGGUACCUCUCAACAAACGAAACUGAAGAUCACCUGGAACCAACAAUGCCAGAGACUGUGAAACUUGGAUGGGUGGAGACAGCGUACCACAAGUUGAUAGCUAGAUCAUACAUCAAAGAGCAGAUGAGAGCUAGCCAUGAGGCUAUACCGUCUCAGAACCCACCAGUGCUGUCCAAUGAAAUGGAUCUGUCCGGUAACGAGUCGAUUGGAAGUUCUGCCGGUCUUCAGUUGCAAUGUCCCUGUAACAAGUACGACGAUCGCGAAACAUAUGGCUCCGGUGAGCUUCUGACUUGCGACUAUUGUAAUACGCAACAACACGCGGCGUGCUACGGAGUGUAUCGAGAGGAUAUCGCGCGACUGUCGCGCCACUGUUGCGUGAUAUGUUACGACGCGGACAAUACUAGAACACCCACGGAUGGGAAACUUGUGUCGUUGAGCGACAGGAAGAGAGAGUGUUUCUGCGUAUUCCGUCGAACACUGGAGUGGUGUACGGAACUAGCCACCAUAGAGUUGAAAAACCUGACAGAAAAGUUCCGUAUAUCUGAACUAAAUGCAAGAAAACUGAUGAAGCUCCUCCACGCUCAAGGAGUCAUACGACAGGAUUCGGAUAUUGAUAUAAACACACCCCAAAAAAUAAUAACCGACCAAUUAAAAUCGGCCAUGGCGAAGUACUUUAACACAAAAGAUAGAGACAUAGUCGAUCGUCUUCUAGCUGAAACUUUUACAUCUCAAGAGAAUACACCUGACCCGAUUGGAGAGGUUCUCAGUCCUUUAGAGAAAAUAACUCUCCAGAACACAUCUAACAUCGGUCGGGUUAUUGAUAAUCCUAAUCUAAAUAAAGUCCCUAACGAUAAUCCCACUCUAAAACAAUAUCGUGAAGCAUUACUAAGUGAUAAUUUGGAAGAACCUAGUGCUGAUCCCGUAGAAACGGUUAGAAAAGCUGGUAAAAGAAAGUUUGAUGAUGAAAAUAGGCCUGCAUUGAGAACUGGGGUCAAGACUAAAAGGGCUAAGGCUUUACCUAAAUAA